AUGAGAUAUUAGUAGCGUCGCGAAACCUAGACAGGUCUGUGUAAGAUGGAGAUUCGUUCAAAUGAUUAACUACCAACAACUCCUAACCUAAGCAUCCAUUGCUCUCACCACAUAUCCCAAAUUAGCCUUUCUCCUCAAUUUCUUCGGAAAGUCUUCAACUUUCUUCUCCACUCUUUUUUCCUACGCAGUAUCAAACAUCAGUUUCUCAAGGGGAAAAAAGAUUCUUCUUUUGUGAAAUCUGAGGAAUUCAGUGUCAUGUCGAUUCAUUCCAUGUUGCUCAGCUAGGGUUUAAGUGGCAAGUACGGGCAUCAACUGUGUAUUUGCUUCCUUCACCGGUCAUGGCUGCUAAACUUGUGUCUUCCUCGGCUUCUUCUUUGGUUCCAUCCUUUUUCUCACCUUUUCAUUCUCGGAGUCCCUUUCAGUUUCGUCCAUCGAGGCAUCAGCCUGCUCAUCUCCGUUGUUCCCAUUCUCUGCACCUAAAAACUGAUCAAAUUGAUUCUCUUCACAUUUCCUUCAGAGGCCAUAAACAAAGAGAAGUCUUCCGAAAGAGAGGUUAUUUGCCUCUUGCUACCUCAGAAGAACAGUUCCCAUACACUGACCAAACGCCCGACGAUCCAGAAACAGAAAGUCACCAAAUUGGCCCCGAAGCUACACCUCGAGAUGAUAGUUCUUCUCUCCAAUACAAUGGAAAUGGCGGAAAACCAGGUUUCAUUUCGUUUUACAAUCCUCCGAACAAAACGAACAAAACAGAGGAUAUCAUUGUCCCUCCCGAAGCACAAAGUACAUGGGGACGCCUGCUCUGGCUCAUAGGUCCUGCCGUCUUAGUUUCCUCUUUCAUUUUACCUCCUGUCUACUUACGAAGAAUAGUCUCAGCAGUUUUUGAAGACUCUUUGCUCACAGACUUCCUCAUCUUGUUCUUCACUGAGGCUCUCUUCUACUGUGGAGUCGCCGCUUUUCUUCUGAUAAUACACUGUUCAAGAAAGACAUCAGGAAAAGUGCCCGAUAACCGAACCAAUCCGUCUCAGUUAGGACAAAGAAUCUCCUCUGUAGCAACAUUAGUGCUUAGUCUUAUGAUUCCAAUGGUGACAAUGGGAUUUGUCUGGCCAUGGACUGGACCAGCAGCAUCAGCUACUCUUGCACCAUACCUCGUAGGUAUCGUUGUUCAGUUUGCAUUCGAACAGUACGCUAGAUACCGGAAUUCUCCAUCAUCUCCUACUAUCCCCAUCAUAUUUCAGGUAUACAGACUUCAUCAGCUGAACAGAGCGGCGCAAUUAGUAACGGCGUUGUCAUUUACGGUUAAAGGAGCAGAGGCAACAGUUAAUAAUCUGGCAAUCAAGAAGUCGCUGGGUACGCUUUUGAAUGUGAUACAGGUGUUAGGUGUGAUUUCAAUCUGGUCGAUAUCAAGCUUCAUCAUGUGGUUAUCAUCUCCUUCUCAAAACUAGUCUUCAAGUAUGAACAGCUUUCUUGCUAGGUUACAGUCCAUGUCAAUUUACAGAGAAGAGAAUAACAGUUCUGUAUCAGUUUGAAGAAGAGAAGCAAGUCUUGACAUUGUUGUCUCUUUAAGAAAGUUAGAACUGAAAGUUUGACAUCGUUGUCUCUUUAAGAAAGAAAUAUACUAAAUCAUAUUCUC